UCAAGAUCCAUGGCGGCGUUUGGCAGCUCAGAGUUUGAAUUUGAGAACAAGGGAGCAGCAGAGACGAGAGCAAGGAGUCGGUGGUGUUGUGCUUAAUUUUGAAGGGUCCUGAAGGGUGAAGGCAGCAGGUGAUCUAGAUACUGUGCUUUACCUCUCAAGAUGGACUCUGCCGAAAAUGUGCUUCUGAAAUGUGUAAAUGCUUUGGAAUUAGUGCCAGAAAGCUGUUGCUCCAUUAAGCACUUGGCUGAUGGCAAGAUUUACUGCUGCCUAAUUUCUCUUUUGAAUAAGGAAAAUGUUGUCGGGGAGGACUUGGCUGCCCUUACACCCAGACUGGAAUCUUUGUUCCAAGAUCACUUUUCUGGGAACCCCAUCACCUUCAGUGAAGCAAUGGCUGGCAACUGUUUGGAGCUCUCAAAGUUGACCCUUCUUUUGCUCUACAUUACUUUAGUCACUGAGGCAAAGCUGAGGAGCCGCCUCGUUAACUCUGAUUCUCUGGACCAGACAACACAGGCCAAGCUGAAAUAUCUCCUGGAGGCAGUGCAGAAGAGAGGAUCAGCAGUUAACUCACGGUUCCUACACAUUCUGUGCACAGAAAAGCUUGAUAUUAGAAGCAUACUUCAAUACCAGAGUACUGUGAAUCAUGGCAGAGAAGGUUCACCACAUGUCUACACCACCUCCCCCAAAUCCUCCAUCACUUCACCUCUCAGAGAGCUGGUGCAGAGCCCACAGUUCCGCCUGCAGGAAAACAUAAGUGCCAAAAAUAUAGAAAUAAAACGCCUCCAGCAGCAGGUCAUGGCACUGGAGGGUGAGAAACAAGAGACCUUUCUCACCCUGGAGGCAGCAAACUAUAAGAUCACCAAACUUGAGGAGAAAGUAAAGAACCUUCAGAGCAAACUGCAGACCAUCCAGCAACAGCAGGAUGAGUCUGAGGCAUUGGUAGUGGCGGGGGACAGCCUGAGACAGCAGCAGGUGAGCCAACUAACGGUGGAAUGCUCUCAACUUCGGAGGGAGAACGGUUCUUUGCAGCAAACAGUGGAGAGGCUCAAUGAUGAAAAGGAUGAACUCACUGCCAAGAAUUCCUCAGUCCACCAAAAACUACUACUUAUAAGAGCAGAAAAUGAGAGACUGCAAGAAAACAUACUUUCCUUAAAUCAAGCAAAAUAUGAAAAUGAACGCUUGAUUGAGAACCAAGCUGAUGACAUCAAAGAAAUGAAGACACAGUUAGAAGAAUUGCACCUCCAUUUGAUGGAGAACAAAGGACCAAGUGUGUCUAUAGAGGAGUCCUUUGGAAACAUCUCUCCAUCCCACUAUUCGGCCAUCUCUUCCCCUGGGGUUUCAGGUGAAGAAAACAUGGCAGAUGCAGUAGUGGAUAAAAUCUUGUGGGAGCACAAGGAGCAGCUGCAAAAACUGCAACAGGAGUUUGAUGCAGUAACUGCUCAAAGAGACAAACUCAUGGAACAGGUAACUACUGAGGCAGAAGAAAUCAAACGUCUAGUUGAUGAGGUGAGAGGAAAGACUGCCAGUGGGGACUCUUUGAGACAGGAACUGAAAAUUGCCAUUGAGACUAUUGAUACAUUAAUGGGAGAUAAAUUGACACUUACAACAAGCCUACAGGAAAAAGGGAAAUAUGUUGAAGAAUUGAAAGAAGAGAUUAAUAAAGCAAGAGAACAGCUGAGUGAAGAAAAAGAUGCUUUUAACAAUCAGGUCAAGGUGAUGGAGGAAGAUUUUCUCAACACACGUAUGAAAAUGGAGUCUGACAUUCACUUACUGACUGAGGAAAUAAGAAAAGAAAAUAAGGAGAAGGAAGAUCUUGCAGCUCUGUACAAAGACAAAAAUGAUUUGCUUCAGGCACAAGCAGAAGAGAAGUCUCAGUUACUAAAAACAAUUGAGGAAAAGAACAAAUCUUUAGAUGACUUACAGCAGAAGUAUGAUAACAUGAAGAACCAGCAUGUCUCUGAAAGUGAUAAGCUUAAAAGUGAUCUUGAAUGUUCACAGGAUUCUAGUUCUAAAUUGAUGAAAGAAUUGUGUGAAGUUAGAGAAAGUCUUAAUGCAAAAAUUGUAGAACUAACUCAUGAUGUUCAAGAAAAGACUGAUAAUUUGUGUGCUGUGAAGGAAGAAUUGAUUGGCACGAAAGUUGUCAGUGAAGACUUGGUGAAGAAAUACGAGAGUGAGAUUAAAACUUUAUCAGUUAGUCUUGAAGCUGAGAAGCAGUGUGCUGCUCAAGCAAAGAAAGAUGUGGAUGCUUUGAUAGACACCAAUUCUAAAUACAGUGAGAACAUGGAAAGCUUGAGAGAAUCCAAUGCAGAACUUACCAAAGAAAUCACGGAAUUAAAAGUAAGUCUUGAAGCUGAGAAGCAGUGUGCUGCUCAAGCAAAAAGGAUGCAGAUGCUUUGAGACACCAAUUCUAAAUACAGUGAGAACAUUGAAAGCUUGAAAGAAUCCAGUGCAGAACUUAACAAAGAAAUCACUGAAUUGAAUGAGAAGUAUAAGAUGCUUGAACGGCAGAGUGAGGAAGCUGCUAAACACUAUAAAGAUGAAAUGAGUGGACUGGAAGAGAAAUUCAUCAAGCAGGAAGAAGCUCACACUGCUCUUCGGAAAAAGAUGGAAACUCAGGAGCAGAUGUCUGAAAAAGACAAAUUGUCCUUUAUAACAAGUCUGCAAGAAAAAGAUAGAUAUAUAGAUACUCUAAAGGAAGAAAUGAAUAAAGAAAGGGAACAGAUGAGUGAAGAAAAAACUGCUAUUAAGACUAAAGUUAAGAUAAUGGAGAAAGAUUUUCUCAACACACGUAUGAAAAUGGAGUCUGACAUUCACUUACUGACUGAGGAAAAAAGAAAAGAAAAUAAGGAGAAGGAAGAUCUUGCAGCUCUGUACAAAGACAAAAAUGAUUUGCUUCAAGCACAAGCAGAAGAGAAGUCUCAGUUACUAAAGGCAAUUGAGGAAAAGAGCAAAUCUUUAGAUGACUUACAGCAGAAGUAUGAUAACAUGAAAAACCAGCAUGUCUCCGAAAGUGAUAAGCUUAAAAGUGAUCUUGAGUGUUCACAGGAUUCUUGUUCCAAAUUGAUGAAAGAAUUGUGUGAAGUUAGAGAAAGUCUUAAUGCAAAAAUUGUAGAGCUAACUCAUGAUGUUCAAGAAAAGACUGAUAAUUUGUGUGCAGUGAAGGAAGAAUUGAUUGGCAUGAAAGUUGUCAGUGAAGACUUGGUGAAGAAAUAUGAGAGUGAGAUUAAAACUUUAUCAGUUAGUCUUGAAGCUGAGAAGCAGUGUGCUGCUCAAGCUAAGAAAGAUGUGGAUGCUUUGAUAGACACCAAUUCUAAAUAUGGUGAGAGUAUGGAAAGCUUGAGAGAAUCCAAUGCAGGACUUACCAAAGAAAUCACUGAAUUGAAAGACAACCUUACCAAUGUGAAUGAGAAGUAUAUGAUACUUGAACAGCAGAGUGAGAAAGCUGCUAAACACUAUAAGGAUGAAAUGACUGGACUGGAAGAGAAAUUGAUCAAGCAGGAAGAUGCUCAUACUGCUCUCUGGGAAAAGAUGGAAACUCAGGACCAGAUAUCUGAGAAAGACAAGUUGUCCUUUAAAACAAGUCUGCAAGAGAAAGAUAGAUAUAUAGAUGCUCUAAAGGAAGAAAUUAAUAUAGAAAGGGAACAGAUUAGUGAAGAAAAAACUGCUUUUGAGACUAAACUCAAAAUAAUGGAGAAAGAUUUGCUUGACAGACGUAUGAAAAUGGAGUCUGACCUUCACUUACUGACUGAGAAAAAAAGAAAAGAAAAUAAGGAGAAGGAAGAUCUUGCAGCUCUGUACAACGACAAAAAUGAUUUGCUUCAGGCACAAGCUGAAGAGAAGUCUCAGUUACUAAAAGCAAUUGAGGAAAAGAACAAAUCUUUAGAUGACUUACAGCAGAAGUAUGAUAACAUGAAGAACCAGUAUGUCUCCGAAAGUGAUAAGCUUAAAAGUGAUCUUGAGUGUUCACAGGAAUCUUGUUCUAAAUUGAUGAAAGAAUUGUGUGAAGUUAGAGAAAGUCUUAAUGCAAAAAUUGUAGAGCUAACUCAUGAUGUUCAAGAAAAGACUGAUAAUUUGUGUGCAGUGAAGGAAGAAUUGAUUGGCACGAAAGUUGUCAGUGAAGACUUGGUGAAGAAAUAUGAGAGUGAGAUUAAAACUUUAUCAGUUAGUCUUGAAGCUGAGAAGCAGUGUGCUGCUCAAGCAAAGAAAGAUGUGGAUGCUUUGAUAGACACCAAUUCUAAAUACAGUGAGAACAUGGAAAGCUUGAGAGAAUCCAAUGCAGAACUUACCAAAGAAAUUACUGAAUUAAAAGUAAGUCUUGAAGUUGAGAAGCAGUGUGCUGCUCAAGCAAAGAAGGAUGCAGAUGCUUUGAUAGACACUAAUUCUAAAUACAGUGACAUCAUGGAAAGCUUGAGAGAAUCCAAUGCAGAACUUAACAAAGAAAUCACUGAAUUGAAAGACAACCUUACCAAUGUGAAUGAGAAGUAUAUGAUGCUUGAACAGCAGAGUGAGGAAGCUGCUAAACACUAUAAGGAUGAAAUGACUGGACUGGAAGAGAAAUUCAUCAAGCAGGGAGAAGCUCACACUGCUCUCCAGAAAAAGAUGGAAACUCAGGAGCAGUUGUCUGAGAAAGACAAGUUGUCCUUUGAAACAAGUCUGCAAGAGAAAGAUAGAUAUAUAGAUGCUCUAAAGGAAGAAGUGAAUAGAGAAAGGGAACAGAUGAGUGAAGAAAAAACUGCUUUUGAGACUAAAGUCAAGAUGAUGAAAGAUUCUCUGAAUAUGCACAUGAAAGUGGAAUCAGAUAUUCAAACACUGACUGAAGAAAAAAUAAAAGAGAUUGCAGAGAAGGAACAUUUGGCAGCUACACUGAAGGAAAAAGAUAGCCUGCUUCAGAUAUUUACUGAAGAGAAAUAUGAGCUAAUGAAAGCUGUUGAAGAAAGGAAUACAGCUUUUGAAAUCUUGCAGCAGAAAUUAGAGAACUUAGCAAACAAGUUUAUCUCGGAGGAGAAUAAACAAAAUAGUGACCUUGUGCAUGUACAGACAGACAAAGGUAGAGUAAGUCUUGAGCAAGAGAUGUAUGUGAUGAGCAACAAUGCUGAGGAGAGGCUCACCACCCACUGGCAGUCAGUCACCGAUCUGCACAAGGCACAGGAAGGGACUGUGGGACGGCUGACCACAGACUUCUUGCAUAAACAGGAGGCACUCAUUGCUUCCUUGAAUCAUCUGGCAACAAGAAAGGCAGAAGAAAAGCAGUCCUCCCACAGCAGGUCCCUUGAACACCAAAUUGCUGAUAUGCAAAAAGAGUUGACAGCUUCUAAGGAGAUGAUGCGUGUGGAGUCUGAGGCUCAGAACAAGCUGAAGGAACAACUCCUUGCAGCAAAAGAAGAACUAAAGCACGAGAAAAAGUCAUCUGAUAAAAUUAAAAUGGCUUACAAGACAACAAUGAAAAAGUUCUCAGAUCAGAUUGAAGAAUGGAACCAAAUUAAGAAGGAGAGGGAUCUGAUCUCUAAAAAGUAUGAGACUGCCAAAAAGAAACUUGGAGAGGCAGUGUCAAGUCUAGAUGAGGCACGAACCACCAACAUGCAGUACCAACAACAGCUGAGUGAGUUUAAAGAUUACAUUAAAGAGCUUGAGGAGAAGAUUCAAAACCUGAAAGCAGCACAAAGUAGGCUUCAGGAGGUUGAGAGCAAGUACCAGCCUGUCAAGGAGAAGCUGCACAAGUGUGAAAACUCCAUAAGACAACUCAGCUCAGAGAAGCGCUCCCUUGAGAUGCAGCUUAAGCAUGCAGAAGGUCAACUGCAGGAACAAAAGAGGAUACAAAGACGGGAGAGUUUCUGGGAGCAAGAAUCCCAGUUGCCAUUACAAAGAGUUGAGGCACACCGACCAACAUUCUCCUCCUCCUCCUCCAGUGAGGAAUAUUGGGGUAUCAAUGACUCCACUGAGAAAUUGAUUUCCAAGAAGUCAGGAAAUCAAGGACACAACACUAAGGACAUUGUCUUCCGCAAACCAAACAUUCGAGCCAAGAGCAGUGCCAGUGUCAGGGAGGGAGGGCAUCAACAGGAGUCUGCUCCAACUAUACACACUAAGGUUGAAGAGCCUCCUCCUCCUCCUCCUCCUCUUCCUAUGCCAGAAAUAAUCCUUGACAAAUCACUUGGAAAGUCUAUUCCUAAGAGCAUGCAUUUUCGCUGUGAUGAAGAAGAAGAGGAGCUGUUCAAUAACAAAUAUCUCCAUGACAUGAAGGUUGGAAAGUGGCAUGCUGAUGGAGACGAACCUUGGCGGCGCUUGUCUGAGCUUCAGCGGCGAAAUUCCCUCUACCCACCCCACUUGCGGUCCACGUAUCCAGCCGAGAUGCAGUUCAGGCCGCUUGAUGACUUUGAGGAUGAUAAGCUGAGAGAAGGGUGUGCUGUUGAGGAUAGACAGCUGAUGAAUAUAACACAAGCCACUGAGAACCUGGAGUUGGACUCUCCUGCCUUCAACCUUCGGAAAAGAAAAUCUCCAUCUGGUUCAAGUUACUCCGAAACUUCAUUUGAUUCAUCAGAUGGAAAAAGAACCCGAAGACUUUCUACAUCCUACUCGCGUCCUGGUCCUCCCACACCUGGACGUCGCUUCAGCCGUGGAGACAAAGAGAACAGGAGGGAGUCCAGCACCUCAGAACUUUCUCUAUCUCUCUGGCAGCAUCAGAAAAAGGAGGGUUUACAUAUGGCGGAGAACAGUAUCAACUCUGCAGGAUCCAACCAAUCCCAACUGGAGUCUGGUCGUGUGACACGCCGCAGGCAGGUGCAGCACUCCAAGUCUGGCUCUGCACAAUCUCACUCGUCAUCCCCAGGGCGCUCCCCAAGUGUCAUAAGCAAGAAGGGUAUGACAACACCUCGAGGCAGGAAAGGUAUGACUCCAUCAUCACUCAGGAAAAUUCUGGCCAAGGGCAAAUCACCUUGGAGAAAAUUGGAGCAUAAUGAAGAGACCCCAAAGGGCUUGAGGGACAGUACAAACUCCAAUGCCAGCUCAAAACUAAGGAUGUUUCGUAAGCCCUUUAGUUCAAGAAAUUACAAUGUCCAGACAGCAUCCUUGAGGUCCCAAGAAAACUCUGUCAGCCUCGAUAAUUCCUUGGCCUCUUCAAGUGGAGCAGCAAAUAGCUCAACUGAAACAAGAGCGAGAAGAAGGAGGUGAUGAAGUUACUGAAAGAUAUAUAUUACAUAUGCGGAAAAUAUAUGUGUAUAUAUAUAUAUAUAU